GCGCAGCGUAGCGACUGUCUGUAACCCGAGCGGGAGUAGGAGAGAUGGGAGCUGGGGCUCUCGCUGAGGACCGCUGGGAUCAUGUCGAAGGCACGUCCACUCGAAGCGUGGAGUCUCUGAUCUGGGCUCCUCCGCGGAAGCGAGGGGAGUCUGGGGAGAUGAUGCGGAAGGCACAGCGUGAGGCGGGCGACCGAGCAGCGAUCACUUCCCGCUCUGCGCAGUCGAGGGACAGCGUGCUUGAAUGCUUGUCAGCGAUCAUCCGACGUGAGCAGCGUUCUGCCACCUCUCUCUGUCCUUUUUUCCCAUGGAGCCGAUGUAUUCGUUCAAAACUGCAAAUCGUCUACGUGACUGUGAUUUGAUGAGUGGACUCUUUCUUCCAAGAAGAGAGUUUCGCUCGGGAGACGAUAUGGUGGAAGGAAGUGAUUGCGUGAGUCAAUUUGUUGACUGUCGACUGCAACCGAAUAUAGAAUCAGAAUUUCUCAUUUUCAAAUUCAACGACACAAUACAAAGUGAUGACAAUGGGGGCAUCGCCAUAUCGAUAGCAGCCCAGUGGGAGAAAAGUUGCUUCAAUGCUUUCUUAAGCAUUUGCUUGUCACAUCACCUCUCGGGCAAUGAAAGUGGGAUGCAUUUAAGCCAAGUCCAGUCUGCUGGACUAAUGUCAAAAAUCUGAUACUCAGAGCGACCAGAACAUGAUCUGCCUGAUGCAGAUAUUGGGAAGGGUAGAGACUUAUCUGGAGACCGUUAUUACGUUCUUCGUCUUGGCUUUGUUUCCACUUGAUUGUCUUGUAAUCAAAUGGAAGCAAUCAAUUAUUCGGGGUUUAAGCAGGGUUUGGAGCCAUUAGCCAUAUUAAAGGUAGUUACUCAGGUUCAAGUGUGGGACAAGAAAUUUCUAUAGAUUGCCAGAACACAGUAACGCAAGUCAAUUUACACUCAUCGCCCCAACGAUCAUCUUCUUAUAUAUGAUCACAACUUUGAUAUCUGGAUUGCGUAAGUGGAGGUAUGCAAUUCAAAGUCUAUUCAUAUACAGAGUUGUGCUAAACUCGGGAAUGGAAAGUGUUAUCCAGA